ACUCACGUCAGAGCUAGGAGAGCAGCGUGUGCGAACAGAAGAAACGGACACCGUUUGUCUAACCAGAGUUCCAUCGUCAUUAAGAAAGAAUGACUGGAGUAACAACGUACAUGGAAGUUGCAGCCAUCCUAGGGUUGGCUCUGCCGUCUGGCGGCGGCGCCCGACUUACGGCCGUGGGGGAUCUCAGCGAAGACUGCCCGGCCCAGUGCAGUUGCAACCGGUCGGUGCAACCGCACGUCGCGUGCCGCGGGCUGAUGUCCCUGCCGCGGUUCCUGCCGAGCGAGGCGCGGUCCUUCCUCUGCGCCGACUGCCCGCUGGCGAGGGUCGUCGGCGGCGCCCUCCGGAGCUACGCCGGCCUCGAGAACAUCAGCCUCGCGGGCGACUCCCGGCUCGUCCUGGACGAGCGAAGCUUGGAGGUCCUCGGGGGAGUCCCCGUGCUGGAGCUGCGAGGGUACUCGCUGGCCGAGAGCGACUUCCUCCGCCUCGCGCGCCGCGGCUACCUCGUGGUGCGCGACGUCUCCCUGGUGUCUCCGGGAGUGCCCGCGCGGACCUCGGCCAGCAAAUUCCCCAGCCCUGGCACCACAGACUCCUCCAGUCCUGACACCACCGACUCCCGCAGUCCUGCCACCACCGACUACUCCAGACCUGGUAGUACCGACUGCUCCGGCCCUGGCACCACCGACCCCCCCAGCCCUGGCACCACCGACAACCGUUCCAUGGGCGGCGGGUGCCUGCAAGCCGCUACCCCAUCACCGACCCUGAGCCCCGUCACCAUCGGCGUGAUGGUCCUGGUGGGGAUGGUUCUGGUGGCCGCGUUCUCCUCGUUGGUCACGUGGGUUUGCGUCAGCAGGAAGACUGCAGGGCGUGACUACAGGCAGCUGCUGCUGGGGAACGUGACGAAGUUGCGUGCGGCCCGGCGACCGUUGCAACUUCAAAACGCGUGACUGGGGAAGCGUUUGAUGAAGAAAUGCCUUUGGAAGAAACAUCCGCGUCACAGAUAUUUGCACCCAGUAGGGUAUGUCAUUUUGUAAUGGGACUGCUUUCGGCUGCGUCCAACAAGUCCAGUCCGCGGCGUCUACUGUAGGAUUGUCUAUGCAAGCCUUUGACUGCUUUUUGCAAGGGGGAGCUAGCCAGCUUCAAUUUUGAUGAGAAUGAAUAGUAAGGGAAAAAAAAUGCAAUAUUUGGCUGUAAUGUAUAUGUAUGCUUCUCCGAAGUUUUGAAUUCCCGGGGGAUUGAUAGGCAAUAGGAGGGAAAGGAGAGGAUUUGUAGGGUGCAUACGAAUAUACUUGCGUUUCAGCAGAGCCAGAGAGAGAAUCAUGAUGCCGACGGAACGAGUAACAGCAUUGUGUGUGAGAGAGAGAGAGAGAGAGGGAGAGAGAGAGGCUCACAGAUAUAAAAUGAUGUUGGAGAGCUAAGUACGGCAGUGUUUAUGUAUUUUUCAUGUAAUGGCCAAUAGUUUUUUUUUUUUUUUUUUAGAUUUUAAUGUGUUUUCAAUGAUUGAAGUUUUUUUGACUUGUUAGUGCAAAUGUAAGAAAAUAGGACAGUUAAUUUUUUUAUGGAUAGUCAUAUGUUUGUUUUCAUUGGUGCAUUUUCUGUACCUCUUUGUUUAACGAAUGUUAGUUGUUUUUCUUGGUGGCCAAUUAGUUUCAGGAAAAUAUUUAUCCCUCCAAGUACUUGAACAUUAUUUUUUCAAGGAUUUAAUAAUUUAGCUUGAUGUUUCUUCUGCACGCUGUUUCCCUUUUGUUCAUAUUUAAAUGAACCUGUUAAUAGAAUUAAUGUGAUUAACAUCACCGCCUUUAAUUUUUGUUAUUACCUUGUUCAAUACAAGAUACAUUUGCUAUGUAAUAAAAUCAAAUAUGUAACUGAGAUUUAAAUUAUAUUUUGUAAAGCCAGUUCAAUUUUGGUAGUGUAGUUUUUUUAUAAGUGAAAAAAAAAGUAUGAAAUAAAAUCCAAACAAACAUA